UCUUUUUUUUUUUUAACUUAUAAAUAAACAAAUUUGUUUCUAUAUGGGUGUUCCUGCUUUCUUUAGAUGGUUGGCUGACAAGUUUCCAAAAGUCUCAAGUCAAGUGAUCGAAGAACAUGGAAAAACGAUCAACGGCGUAUAUAUGCCUGUCGAUACUACACAACCAAAUCCAAACGGUCAAGAAUUCGAUAAUCUAUAUUUAGAUAUGAAUGGUAUUAUUCACCCUUGUUGUCACCCCGAAGAUAAACCUGCACCUAGUACUGAAGACGAAAUGAUUGUGGAUAUCUUUGCUUAUAUUGAUCGAAUUGUUAACAUGAUCCGUCCAAGAAAGAUCCUUUAUAUGGCUAUUGAUGGAGUUGCUCCCCGAGCCAAGAUGAACCAACAACGUUCUCGUCGAUUCCGUGCGGCACAAUUAGCUGAAAUUGAACGAGGAGCAGAAGAGAAGGUGAGACGUGAUCUAGCAAAUAUUGGUCAAGAAGGACAAAUGGAACCACAAAAUGAAGACAAAUUUGACUCCAAUUGUAUUACACCUGGAACCCCUUUUAUGGCUCAUCUUGCUUUUUGUUUACGAUACUAUAUUGCAGAAAAACAAAACAAUGAUCCUCUUUGGAAAAAUCUCAAGGUGAUUUUGUCUGAUGCAACAGUUCCUGGUGAAGGUGAACACAAGGUGAUGGAAUUUAUUCGUGUGCAACGAUCUCGACCCGAACACAAUCCUAAUACAACCCAUGUUAUGUAUGGUUUGGAUGCUGAUUUGAUUAUGUUGGCUCUUGGUACGCAUGAACCUCAUUUCAAAGUACUUCGUGAAGAUGUCAAUGUUCAACAGUCAAACAAGAAGAAUUGUGAAAUAUGCCAUAAACCAGGUCAUUCUGCUGUUGAUUGCCGAGUUAAUGCUCAAGCAUCUGCUGCUGCUGGACUUGAAGUUGAUUUAUCUAGCUUGGAAAAAUCAACUGAAGAAGAAAAAGCAAGACAAGCUGAAGCGAAACCUUAUGUAUUUCUACAUGUCAACGUUCUACGGGAAUAUUUAGAACAUGCUCUGAAAUUUGAUAUACCUGGAAUCGAAUUCGAUUUUGAAAGGGCUGUGGAUGAUUGGGUCUUUAUGUGCUUCUUUGUGGGAAAUGAUUUUUUACCUCAUUUGCCUUCUUUGGAAAUCCGUGAAGGUGCAAUCAGUACUCUAAGUUUAUUGUGGAAACAAUGUAUGCCAAUGAUGGGUGGUUAUAUGACACACAAUGGAGAGGUAGAUCUCAAAAGAGUACAAAUCUUAGUGACUGAACUUGGUAAAAUGGAAGAUACAAUCUUUAAUGAACGACGGGAAAAGGAACUACGUAGACAAAGAAACAAUAAGCGAAGAAAAUUAGAAAAUGAGUCUCGACAACGACGUCAAUAUCAUGGAACACAAGGUCAACAAACUGCUCCAGAAUUUACUUUCGCUGAUCUUGCUGCUGCUCCGGUGAAUGAUCCUAAUGCUGGUAUUUCCAAUGUCGAUGUUGUUAGAAAUCGUGCUGCUCUUCGAAUGGCUGCUAACCAAUCCGCUGCUGCUGCACUCAAAGCUCAACUGAUGGACGAAGGUGGUGAUGAAAACAAAUCAACAACAUCUAUGGAACAGGAAGAAACAAGAGGAACAAAACGAAAAGCGGAAGAGGAUGUUGAUGAGGAAGAGCAGGCAGGCGAAGAGGAUGAUGAUGUUGGUCCUGACAGUGCGGAAGGUACAGAUCUUGUGGCAAGAGGAAAAGCUAUCCUGGAAAAAGUGGCCGCUGAUAAGAAAGCAAAAGAAGAAGCUGCUCGUGAACGCGAACCUGAUGAUGCUGUUAGACUUUGGGAACCUGGUUGGAAGGAACGUUAUUACACUCUCAAGUUUGGUUUUCGACCGGAAGAUCGUGAGGAAAUCAGUGAUGUCGUCAAAUCUUAUUGCGAAGGUCUUUGUUGGGUAUUUGCUUAUUAUUACAAGGGAUGUGUCUCAUGGUCUUGGUAUUAUCCUUAUCACUACGCUCCAAUGGCAUCCGACUUUGUAGAUAUUGAUCGUUAUGAUAUCAAAUUUGAUUUGAGUGCUCCUUUCAAGCCUUUUGAACAACUUAUGGGUGUACUACCAGCAGCAAGUCGAAAGCAUAUUCCUGAACCGUUCCAUCAUUUGAUGACUGAUGAUGAUUCCCCCAUUAUUGAUUUCUAUCCAACAGAUUUUGAAGUAGAUAUGGAUGGCAAGAAAUGGGAAUGGCAAGGUGUCGUCAAACUUCCUUUUAUUGACACAAAUCGACUUUUGGAUGCUAUGAAUAAAGUAUAUGAUCAACUAUCUGAAGAAGAACAAAUUCGGAAUUCUGUGGGAUCAUCUUAUCUUUAUGUCAGCGAAAGCCACAAAAUGUACGAUUCUAUUAGUACAGUUUACGCCAAACGUGACAAUGAUGAACAUUUGGUUCUUGAUGGACGACUUACGGAUGGACUAACUGGUUUAGUGGAUAAAGACAAGGAAUGCAUUCCAAGGAGUACCUUACGAAGUCCAUUACCUGAUCAUGGUUUACAAGAUAUUGCCAACGACAAGUCAUUAAGUGUCAUUUAUAUGCUGCCACAACUACCAAAGGAUCACGUUUUCGUUACAAAGUUAUUACGCAAUGUCAAGCUUGAUGCAUGUGUACUAACAUUCGAAGAUAUGAAAUUGGCUACAUUCGAAAAAAUUGAACAACGACGAAAUCAGUAUCAAAAUCAAGGAUGGACACCACAAAUUCAACAUUUGGAAGAAUAUAGAGAGUACCACAACAGCAACUAUCCUAGAAGAGGUGGAGGACGUGGUGGACGCGGUGGUGGUUAUUACGAUGGUUCAAGAUUCCCUCAACAAAACGACAAUUUUUAUAAUUACAAUAAUCAAAGUCAACGUCCUCCUCCAGGCCAAUAUUAUCCAAACGCAGGAUCAAUGUAAGUUGGAAAGAUUAUGAUGAAAAAAAAAAAAGAAUGGUCAGUUAAAAUUCAAUUUUCUUUUUGAUACAGCAAUUAUUCU